CACACAUUCCCUUCACCGAUGUUUCGUUAAGUUACCUCAAGAUGAUUAUGAUGAAGUGUGGAAAAGAAAAAGAAAUGUAGAAAACAGUUAAGGGCAAAAAGUUUAUAUCAAUAAAAUCAUGACGCACACUGGAGCAACUCAGUCCACAAUUAAACACCAUCAGCUGAUGCUGAGAUUAAACCCUUUGGACUGAAACACUCUGAACACCUGAAUAACACGUCAAAGUUCAACAUUUAUGAGAGUAGUUCUGGUAAAGCUCCACCCCCUCACCUGAUUUACCUGAGACAAACCAGGAAACAGUUCAUUGUUGUGUGCGACUAAAGAGAGACAUAGAUGAUCAGAGCCAUCUUCAGACCAAACUGACACCUUCCUCUGAGUGAGUCCAGCUACAGGAGAGAAAAGUGGAAACUACAACAGUGCUGCUUCAAGCUGCUGACUCUCCACACACUGAAGCUUCACUCAGAGACUAAAUGGCUUCCAGAUCAGAGGAGGAUCUCUGCUGUCCGGUCUGUAAGGAGAUCUUCAAGGAUCCUAUUGUUCUGACAUGUAGCCACAGCUUCUGUAAAGUCUGUGUGAAGAACUGGUGGAGAGAGAAACCAACACACGAGUGUCCAUUUUGUAAGAGAAGAUCUUCAAGAGAUGAUCCACCUUCAAACUUGGUGUUGAAGAAUCUGUGUGAGUCCUUCUUACAGGAGAGAGAUCAGAGAUCUCCAGAGGCUCUCUGCAGUCUGCACUCUGAGAAACUCAGACUCUUCUGUCUGGACCAUCAGCAGCCAGUGUGUCUCGUCUGCAGAGAUUCAAGAAAACACUCCAACCACAGAUUCAGUCCCAUCGAUGAAGCUGCAACAGAUCUAAAGAAGAUCCUUCAGGAAACUCUGGAGCCCUUAAAGAAGAAGUUAAAGGUUUAUGAAGAAGUUAAAGUCAAGUUUGAUGAAACAGAAAAACACAUCAAGGUCCAGGCCCGACACACAGAGAGGCAGAUUAAGGAGCAGUUCAAGAAGCUUCACCAGUUUCUAGCAGAGGAAGAGGAGGCCAGGAUGGCUGCACUGAGGGAGGAAGAGGAGCAGAAGAGUCAGAUGAUGAAGGAGAAGAUGGAGGCUCUGAGCAGAGAGAUAGCAGCUCUUUCACACACAGUCAGAGCCACAGAGGAGGAGCUGAGAGCUGAAGACGUCUCAUUCCUCAACAACUACAAGGCUGCAGUGGAAAGAGUCCAGCGCUGCCCCCUGCUGGAUGAUCCACAGCUGCCCUCAGGAGCUCUGAUAGACCAGGCCAAACAUCUGGGCAACCUGGUCUUCAAAAUUUGGAACAAUAUGAAGGACCUGGUCUCCUACACUGCUGUCAUUCUGGAUCCAAACACUGCUCAUCCAAGACUGAUUCUGUCUGAAGAUCUGACCAGUGUGAGAUUAGGAGAUAAACAACAACUUCCUGAUAAUCCAGAGAGGUUUUAUUAUAACUGGUCUGUCCUGGGCUCUGAGGGCUUUAACUCAGGGACUCGCAGCUGGGAUGUUGAGGUUGGAGAUAACAAAUGGUGGGAACUCGGUGUGUUAGCAGAGUCUGUCCAGAGGAAGGGAAACGCACGAUCUGGAUUGUGGAGAAUAUUGUUCUAUGAAGGUAAAUACUCAGCAUGGUCACCACCAGAUAAUUCCAAUGAUCUCCCAGUAAAGAAUGAGCUCCAGAGGAUCAGAGUGAAUCUGGACUGGAACAGAGGACAACUGUCAUUCUCUGAUAUUGAUACUAACAAACACAUACACACCUUCAAACACACUUUCACUGAGAGGAUGUUUCCAUUCAUUAACAGUGUGGAUAAACUCCCACUGAAGAUAAUACCAGUGAAUAAGAGCAGAUGGGUGGAGGGGGUGGAGUCAGUGGACAGGUGUGACUUUGGUGAUGAAUUCAGAUGUGCUACAUCCUGUCUCUUCUCUCUUCUCCUGGCCUGGAUGUGGAGGUUCAACCAGGUGCUGAUCUCAAUGAGUCUGUCAAGUGUGGAGGGUUUACUGGGCACAGUCAGCCAGGAGGAGACCCGCAGGAUGGCUUCCAGAUCAGAGGAGGAUCUCUGCUGUCCGGUCUGUCAGGAGGUCUUCAGAGAUCCUGUUCUUCUAACAUGUAGCCACAGCUUCUGUAAAGUCUGUCUGAAGAACUGGUGGACAAAGAAUCCAUUACACGAGUGUCCAGUUUGUAAGAGAAGAUCUUCAAGAGAUGAUCCACCUUUAAACUUGGUGCUGAGGAACCUGUGUGAGUCCUUCUUACAGGAGAGAGAUCAGAGAUCUCCAGAGGCUCUCUGCAGUCUGCACUCUGAGAAACUCAGACUCUUCUGUCUGGACCAUCAGCAGCCAGUGUGUGUCGUCUGCAGAGACUCAAAAGAUCACUCCAAACACAGAUUCAGUCCCAUCGAAGAAGCUGCACAACAGCACAAGAAGAACCUUCAGGAAACUCUGGAGCCCUUAAAGAAGAAGUUAAAGGUUUGUGAAGAAGUUAAAGUGGCGUUUGAUCAAACAGAAAAACACAUCAAGGUCCAGGCCCAAUAUACAGAGAAGCAGAUUAAGGAGCAGUUCAAGAAGCUUCACCAGUUUCUAGCAGAGGAAGAGGAGGCCAGGAUGGCUGCACUGAGGGAGGAAGAGGAGCAGAAGAGUCAGAUGAUGAAGGAGAAGAUGGAGGCUCUGAGCAGAGAGAUAGCAGCUCUUUCAGACACAGUCAGAGCCACAGAGGAGGAGCUGAGAGCUGAAGACGUCUCAUUCCUCAACAACUACAAGGCUGCAGUGGAAAGAGUCCAGCGCUGCCCCCUGCUGGAUGAUCCACAGCUGCCCUCAGGAGCUCUGAUAGACCAGGCCAAACAUCUGGGCAACCUGGCCUUCCACACCUGGAACAACAUGAAGGACCUGGUCUCCUACACUCCUGUCAUUCUGGAUCCAAACACUACUGGAACAGAAAUGAUCCUGUCUGAAGAUCUGACCAGUGUGAGACGAGGAGAUGAACAACAGGUUCCUGAUAAUCCAGAGAGGUUGGAUUAUUCUGGUUCUGUCCUGGGCUCUGAGGGAUUUAACUCAGGGACUCACAGCUGGGAUGUUGAGGUUGGAGAUAACACAGUGUGGGAACUGGGUGUGUUAGCAGAGUCUGUCCAGAGGAAGGGACGCAUAAAGCCUGGAUGGUGGGGAAUAUGGUUCUAUGAAGGUAAAUACUCAGCAUUCUCACGACCAAAUCAUCCGACUUACCUUCCAGUAAAGAAGAAGCUCCAGAGGAUCAGAGUGAAUCUGGACUGGAACAAAGGAAAACUGUCGUUCUCUGAUAUUGAUACUAACAAACACAUACACACCUUCAGACACACUUUCACUGAUAGAAUAUUUCCAUACAUUAACACUGGAGAUAAAGUCCCAGUGAAGAUAUUACCAGUUUCAGGUUACAGGACUACGUCACCUUCAGUCACUCUGGUCACCUUCGUGGCCAAAAAUGCCCCAUAG